AUGGUAUUCCAACAUACACUAGAUCAAUAUGUCAUUGUGUUCAUUGAUGACAUUCUAGUGUAUUCUACGAGUCCGGAAGAACGUGCAGUCCAUUUGUCUCAGGUAUUGAAGACCCUUCACUGGAAUAAAUUGUAUGCUAAGUUUAACAAGUACUCUUUUUGGUUGGAUCGAGUCUCCUUCCUUGGCCAUGUGAUUUUGGGUGAAGGAGUUUAUGUGGAUCCAUCCAAAGUCGAAAUAGUGAUUAACUGGAACCUGCCAACCAAUGUUGUUGAGGUACAUAGUUUCCUUGGUUUCGCUAGCUAUUACUGGCAAUUCAUUGAUGGGUUCUCCAAGAUUGAUGCUCUAUUGACUAGCCUCACCAAGAAAGGUGAACCUUUUAUUUGGGAUUAUGAAUGCGAUGAAAUUUUUACUGAGUUUUUGAAGUAUCAUCUCACCUCUGUUCCAGUGUUGAUCCUCUCCAAAAAUAUUAGAAGAUUUCAGGUUUACUAUGAUGCAUCUCAUAUGGGUUUGGGUUGUGUUUCGAUACAACACAGUUGGGUAGUCACUUAUGGAUCCCGACAAUUGAAGCUCCAUGAGCGUAACUACCUUAUUCGCGACCUGGAGUUGGCAGCCAUAGUCUUUACCUUGAAGAAAUGGUGCCAUCAUUCGAAGGAACUUAACCACCAACUAGAAUUGCCAGAAAACCUACGUCGACAACCAUAA